UGAAGAGAUCUUGAUCGGAAUAUUUUGAUUAUUAUUCCCUCCUGUUUAUUUAUUUUCUGAAAAUCAAUUCUAAAACUCAUCUCUCGUAUUUAUAUAUAGAAACUCUAUAUAUCUUGAAGAUUUUGAAGAGAUGAGAAAUUACUACUCCAGAAGAAAAUCUAGGGAACAUAUAACUACUGUUGCCUUUAUCAUCCUUCUUCUUCUUCUGUUUCUGUUUCUUUACGCUAAAGCUUCAUCGUCAUCCUCUCCUGCUGGUAUUCAUCAUCACUCAACUCAUGGGAGCUUAAAGAAACCUAGAGAUUUGGAUCCAAAGCCUCAUGAUCUUAAUGACAAUGCUGCGUCAAGAGGAUCAAGAAUAUAUACAAAUGAAGGUGGUGAGAAUGUUUUUGAAGAUGGAAAGAGAAGGGUCUUCACAGGUCCUAAUCCUUUGCACAAUAAAUAA